AAAUGGCAGCCGGCGAAAUGAAGUGUUGGCAGCUUUUUGCUGUCAAUGAAUGGCACUAAUAGGUGCAGAAUAUUCUCCGAUGGUUUAGCGAGUGUCUUUCAAUGUAGGAUUUGUAAUGCUACGGUGUAAUUAUUUUCGAUUAUUCUAUUAAGACGCUGCUCUCUCCUAGAGGACUGCAUUAUGGCACUGGUGUACGACUUCGCCUGGCGGCUUCUACAUGCCCUUCUUCAGCUCCACAGAACCCUGGUUGCCUGGUUCCGGAGUCACCUCUGGUGGAAUGGACGGCUAUGGAAAAGGGCUAUGUCCGCUUUGAUUGUCCCCCUUGCACUGGGAUUUUCAAAUCACAAGAAAUGUGUUGCCGUCACUGGCAAACGUGUCGGUCGCCGACAACGCUUUGGCGCGGACGGGAAAGCGAUGGAGAAGUUACCUCUACAUGUCGGGUUAUUGAUAGCCGAAGAGGAGCCUCGAUAUUCCGACAUCGCUAAUCUUGUCGUCUGGUGCAUGGCAGUCGGCAUAUCAUAUGUUAGUGUGUACGACAACCAAGGGGUGUUCAGGAGGAACAACUCCAGGCUGAUGGAGGAGAUCCUCAGGCAACAGCAGGAGCAGCUGGGGCCCGAAGGCUCCAAGCACUCGGUGGAGUUUUUAAGCAACGGGUGCGACAAACAGGACCAUCAAGUGCUGUCGUGCCAAGCGGUGGUGAAGGUGUUGUCCCCUGACGAUGGACGUCAGGGCAUCGUGGAGGUGGCUAGGAAGCUGUGCCACUCUGUGGAGCAGAGAGAACGCACUGCCAAAGACAUUGACGUCACACUGCUCGACUCUCUACUUAGAGAGCCUAAGAACAUACCAGACCCAGACCUGGUACUGAAGUUUGGACCGGUGCAAAGCACCCUGGGAUUCCUCCCUUGGCACAUCAGACUCUCAGAGUUCAUCUCCCUGCCCACCCACAUAGACAUCUCCUAUGAAGACCUGCUGGGUGCCCUGCAGAGCUUCGCAGGGUGUGAGCAGAGGUUCGGCAAAUAAAAUGGAGCCGGUCCCUACAUCCCUCACCACCCACCACCACUCCCCCACUACACUGUGGGGAGUGUCCCAUGCUGGAAUAACGGGAGAAGGUGUGGAGUGGGAUUGGAAGAGAAGAGACUAAGAGGAUGAGAGAAUAAAGCUGGAGAUCAGUGGAGAGACUCUGGACAAAAAUGCUCCACGUUUCCCAGCUCCUUCUGCUCUCCCUUUCUUUUCUCUUUUGACAAAAAAACCCUGUUUACAUUGAGGGCGACUCAAGCAAACAAGCAACUACUAUUGCCCCCUUUCUGAACUUCUCCCUCUCUCCCCUCCCCUUCCCAAACAUCUUCCUUUCCUCACCAAUCUCUUCACCUGGAAAACACAACAAGGGUCUUUCCCCUCCCAUUUUCUCUUAAGGGAUCAUCUGCUCUCUUGCUCCCUCUCUCUCUUGCUCCUUCUCUCUCUCUCGCUCUCGCUCACCUCCUCCCGUCAUUUUUUGGGACAUUAGCUCUCCGUGCCAGCUCAAGAGGAGAGGAGGAAGAGCGGGGAGGGGAAAGUGUAGAGAAACCUCGAUGCUCUGAACAGAUGACUUCUCCCCUCCUCCCUCCAUUUCUCUUUCGCUUUGGCUUCAUUACCGUACGUGUGAUUUGUGACUGGCUUUUUGGUCUGUGUGGUAAAUGGUUAAAUUAAAUGGCGCUGUUGUUUGGCUGUGCGAGUUUGCGUGAAGAGGAAGAUGGGCAGAAGCGGCUUGGUGCUUGGCCACAAUGCAAAGACACACAUGGACCCUCCACAGGAUGCACUGACAAGGGAUACUGACAAGUGACGGCGACACCAACAUCGACCAUACAAAUGGGUGCAAUUGGCACUCUGUGACUGUUUCAGGAAACACUGCACUGAUCAAGUGCUCACCUGAGAGUGUUAAUUUGGCGUUGCUUGUGUGUGGAUGUUUGGCUAUACCAACAGCGGUGGAUACAGAGCUACACCAACAGUGAUGGAUAUCGCACUACACAUCUCUGCCUGACUGUGAGGUUGUUGACUGUGUUGCACCUGAAACUAUUUUGCUGAGCUAGUCAGCAGAUUUUUUUUUUUUUACCUGUAAACUCUCUCUCUCGUCUUCUCUCUCUCUCUUUCUUUCUCUCUCUCUCUCUCUUUCUUUCUCUCUCUCUCUCUCUCUUCUCUUUCUCUUUCUCUUUCUCUUUCUCUUUCUCUUUCUCUUUCUCUCUCUCUCUCUCUCUCUCUCUCUCUCUCUCUCGCUGUUGUCAGUGUGUGAUGUCUGCUGUGGCUUAGCGUUGAUCUGCCGUUCUGUCAUCAACUUCCUCCGUCCAGCCGAAAGACCUAAAAUGGAAAUGUUGUUCUUGUUGUUGUUGUCCAUCAUUGUGGUUGAUUGUAUGCUAAAGAUUUCCAGGUCUGUCAGCUGAUUGUAAUGUAACUGAGCGGACGUGCCACUGUGUGAAUCUUCCCCUCCACCUAAGUUGAAUUUUGGAUUUAAGGUUCAGUUUUAUUUUUAGUAGUUUAUUUCCAGAAUUUAUUCUGCCCAUUCACAAAUGCCAUCUUUUUCAUGAAUAUAUUACAACAACUACUGAUCUCUAAGUGUUCAGCAUGACUUACAGAUGUACAUGUUACAAUACAGUACAUGAAUAUGUGGAAUUGUUCCAUGUAAACCCACCAUUAUGAAUUACCUGUCCUAAAUUUGACUGCUAAACCUACUCUCGUCAGACCAGUAUAAUACAUUUUAGUUUAUUUAAUUACUGUUCAUGAAAAAGAUCAUAUUUAGGAAUGAACAGAAUACAUUUGAGAAACAAACUACUAAAAAUGACACACUGUGGCUUUAAUGUGACGUCAUGCCUCUGCUGCAGUGGGGCCUCCACAUCACACGAUAAGACAAGUGGCACUGGGUAACAGGAGGCAGGUUCAGUCAGCAUUUGUCAUUGUACGUGAUCAGUUCAACAAUAAAAGAAACAAAAGUUACUGAAA